AUGGCUGCAUCUUCGGAAAGAUCAUCCUACGACUACAUCAUCGUGGGCGGCGGCAUUGCGGGGUGUGUUCUUGCAUCGCGUCUGCAUGAAAAGCUACCUGCAGUCUCAAUCCUCCUACUGGAAGCAGGGAAGGAAGCGAUCGGCCAUCCUCUGACGAACGCGCCCCUCGCAUGUUUUGGAAUACACCACUCGGACCUUGACUGGGACUUCUCGACUGUCCCGCAACCCCAUCUCAACAACAGAAUCUGCUACCAAGCUGCCGCCAAAGCUCUUGGUGGUGGGUCGUCUAUCAAUUACGCGACCUGGCUUCGCGGCCCGAAGGUUGAUUAUGAUCGCUGGGCGAAGUUGGUUGGCGAUGACCGAUGGAGCUACGACAAGCUCUUGCCGUAUUUUGAGAAGGUUGGACACACCAACGGAAAUGAUGGCGUGAUCAAGACACGCUCGACUUCUGCGAGUCAUGACGACCGGAAGUAUCCCCUCAGGGAGAUCGUGCGGAAGGCAUGGGAAAGUGCUGGAUUGCAGUAUAACCCCACUCCCAACGACGGUGAUCCUCGAGGAAUCACCGAGUUGGUGGAGAACUGGCUUGAAGGACAGCGUCAGUUCGCCCACAGGCUCUACAACUUGGAUGGAGUCGACGUACUGACCGAAGCUGCCGCUGCGCGUAUUCUUAUCAGCGCGGAAAAGCGCGCAGAGGGCGUGCAGCUUCUCGAUGGUCGCACCUUCCAUGCCCAUAAAGAGGUUAUCGCUUCUUCCGGUGCUUUCAACACUCCCAAACUUCUGCUUCUAUCGGGAAUCGGACCAAAAGAGGAGCUACAGAAGCACGGAAUCCAGCAGCUCGUUGAUGCCCCCGAGGUGGGACGCAAUUUCCACGACCACCCAGCUGUGGCACUGAUCUGGAAAUUGAAAGAUGAAAAUCUCAGACUACCAAUGAGCGCGAUUGGAACUAAUCCUGCUUUUGGAUUGGGACUCCCUGCUGACUGGGUCGUUUUCUCUGGGAUGGACAAGGACUUGAUCUCUGCUGCUUUAGCUAAAGAUGGGCUCGCGGCCUCUGACGAAGAGUAUCUGUUGGAUGGGAGCAACUGUUACACAGAGACGCUCAAUGUAUAUGCGCCAGCUGGAGCUGUGCAUGCUGGGAUGGACAUACCAUUUGACGGCCUCCACAUCUCCACGCCUGUACUAGGCAUGCUGCCAACAUCCCGCGGCAGCAUCACACUAUCAUCGAGUGACCCGACCGCAGCACCUCAAAUUGAUCCGAACUACUUCGCGACGGAGCUUGAUCGCGUGAUGAUGCGUAAUGGUGUCAAAAAGGCGUUGCAGGCCUUCGAGGAAUGGGCAGAUCUAAAUGUGACUGAAGUUCCUCCAGAGGGGUAUCCCGCGCUUAGUGUCAAAUCGACAGAUGAAGAGAUCGAUGCUCGCGUUCGUCGUGUUGCGAACACCUUCUUCCAUCCUGCUGGUAGCUGUGCGAUGGGUAAAGCCGUGGAUGCUGAUUUGCGUGUCUGCGGGGUGGAUGGUCUGCGAGUUGUUGAUGCUAGUGUCCUGCCCACCCCGAUUGCGGCUCAUUAUCAAUAUUGCAUCUAUACUCUGGCGGAGAGAGCUGCGGACUGCAUUGUGCAAGGCUAG